UCAGGAUCUCCGAAAGGAACCCAAGAAUCUCCUCAAAAUGGUUUUCAUCGCAAUGUAUCCAGCGGUCGCCGCGCUGGCCAUGUUUAUUGUCUUAAUCAUAAUGAUCCUGCUCCGUUGGGGCCCGAAGAUCUGCAAGGUCCGGCACCAUGCUCUGCCCGACGACCACGAGUGGGACGAGAAAACGUACUCGCAGCCGAUCAGCUAUGCCUGAGGCCCGCUGCUGCGACCACUAGAGUUAGUACAAAGGAGGCGCCGGAAAUCUUUUUAAAUUUGUUUACCUUCUGUUAACCAUCGAAUCACACCAUGCUGAGUGCCUUAUCAUCGCGUUUUGUAUAAAUAAUACCGCAUGAGUAUUUCAUGUUUCUAUUGCAUUCCAUUUUCCGUAGACUAAUGAAAACUUGACUCGAUCAUGUAAUAAACGUAUUCCGUCCAUUUGAAAAGACACCGUAGAUUUUAGGAUUUGACUUUGUAAAAUCACAAUGCCGAAUUUUAUAUUUUAAUAAAAGUACGAAUUAGAAUUUUAA